AUGGUUGAUACUGAUACUCAAACAGUUAAAAUUAUAGAUUUUGGUUUUAGUAUUUAAGUACCUGAUAAUAAAAAAUUAAAUAUAUUUUGUGGUACACCGUCAUAUAUGUCACCCGAAAUUAUUUCUAAAGUCGAGUAUUUUGGUUAAAAAUCAGAUGUUUGGGCUCUUGGAAUCUUACUUUAUGUUAUGGUUUAAGGAAAAUUUCCUUUUAAAGGAAUAAAUGACAAUGAUUUGUUUUCAAAAAUUAAAAAGGAAGCUUUUCAUUUAGUAAUGAAAUUAAUGAGAAUAUUAAAAAACUAAUCAUUAAAAUCUUAUGUUUAAAUCCUUAAGAUAGGCCAAGUACUUAUGAG